AUGAGAAUAAUGGCGGAGCUGCAGCGCUGUGCCUUGGAUAAGAUAGUUUGGUUCCUUGCUCCCACUGUCGCCCUUUCGAUCCAGCAGAAAGAAGUCAUUGCUUCUCAUAUCCCGGCAAUGAAUAUCAAACUGUUAAUCGGAGACGACGGAGUUGAUCGUUGGAGUGAGCAGCGGAUUUGGGACGACGCCCUUCACGGCGUGCGGAUUGUUGUCUCUACGCACGCCGUGCUAGCGGAAGCUCUUGCCCACAAGUUUGUGGUGAUGGCAAAGCUGGGCCUCAUUGUGUUUGACGAAGCCCAUCAUUGCGUUAAAAACCAUCCUGCCAAUCUUAUUAUGAAGGAUUUCUACCACCCCACAAAGAACGAGCAGGGGCCUGAGUCUGUCCCGCGAAUCCUUGGCUUGACCGCCAGUCCUAUCAUGAGAACCAAGCUACAUGACAUGUCACAGAUAGAACGGAAUCUCAGUGCAGUCUGCAGAACACCUCGAGCACAACGACAAGACCUCAUGAAAUAUGUCCACCCACCGCAACUCAUCUUACUCCGAUAUGCCGCUCCUGACGACUCAAAUCGCGCCUGGCCCUCGCCAUUUCUCGAAGCUAUAUCUCAGGCCCACUCCCGCGCCCAGUCUCAUCUUGAACUCUCCGAUCACUCAGUUGUUCGGGAGGUCCAGGACGAGCUGGAAAAGUUCAAGGCAAAGGCAAUUGGGAUCGGCAACCUGCUGGGCACAUGGGCUGCUGAUUGCUUUAUUGCAGAAUCAGUUAAAAGACUCGUCGGAAGAGCCGGAAUGACCGAUUCUUUAUGGGCUGACCCUGCGAAGGCACAUUUAGCAGAGAUAGUAAGACCCAUUCUUCAGCUGGCCCCUGCUAUUCCUGGCUCCUCUAGCACAGUGUCAGAAAAAGUCUGCGGCCUUCUGGCUUUCUUGAAGGAGGAGCACCAUGAACAUUUCUCGGGAAUUAUCUUUGUCCGUGAACGUGCAACGGCCUACGUACUGGCGGCUGUAAUACGAUGCCAUCCUCUUACCCACGGCCUUUUCCAGUGUGCAUCGUGCGUAGGUUCGUCGAACAACAGAAACAGAAAAAGCGGCAUUUGUGACCUGCUAGGACCUGGUGCAGAUGAUGUUCUUCAACAAUUCCGACAGGGCCAGAUGAAUCUUAUAGUUGGAACGGAUGUCCUGGAGGAAGGCAUCGACAUGACGGCUUGCCAUCUGGUUGUAUGUUUCGAUCAACCGAACAAUCUCAAAUCUUUCAUCCAAAGGCGGGGCCGCGCCCGGCAGCAGCAGUCAAAGUUCGUCAUCAUGAUCGCAGAUAACGACAUGACAAAAGGGAUCGAGCGGUGGCAGGAAGUCGAAGACGAAAUGGUGCGGCUGUACAGGGACCACAAGAGGAAGUUAGAGGAGAUCGCGGCACUGGAAAACAUUCCGGAGAAUGUUGUUCUCUGUAUGAGACUACAAAACGGGGCAUUGCUGACCGCCGAUUCUGCGGUUUCUCACCUUUACCAUUUCUGCUCCACUCUGAAUUUGGAACCGCAUGCUGAUCUACGCCCAUCGUUCAACUUCGAGCAAAAUGAGGCCGGCCAUGUCCGAGCCACAGUGACACUUCCCAGUGGCGUAGACCAGUCACUUCGCGUUGCGACAGGAGCUAAGUGGUGGCUCACAGAGCGUGCAGCACGAAAAGAUGCCGCAUUUCAUGCAUAUGUUGCGUUGCAUCGAGCCAAGCUGGUCAACGAUCAUUUCCUGCCUUUGACCCCGGAACGCCUCUGGCGAGAUGCGGCAGGCGAUCAACCCGCUUUGACGUCGAAGAUCGCUCUUGAGGCUAUCUUCGACCCGUGGAAGCAACUAGCUGUUCCGACGGGUCAUAAACUACAUAGAAGCCGCGUGCGCAUAUCACAGAAUGGGAAAGAUCGUCCCGAACUUGGAAUGAUUCUCACAACAUCCGUUCAGUUUCCUGCAACAGAACCUUUGGAGCUAUUCUGGGACAGUGGAACGAACUUCGUCGUUUCUUUACAAUCCCUGGAGAGUUUCAGUAUAUCGCCGGCCGAGCUGCAGCUAAUGCGUGAGACUACAUCCGUUCUGCUGUCGUCAACAAGGACAAAGGUUCCCGGCAACGACGCCGUCGAUGCUCUUAAUGUCUUGGUAUCUCCGGAUAUCCCUCUCGAUGAGCUUGAGACAUGGUUGGUAGAGAAUCGAGGAUGGCGGAAUUGCCUGGACUGGUACCGUGAUGACUCCUCCUCUCAACCACAGGGACUCGUCCGAUGCGAACUUCUGUACAAUAAGCCCCACAAUUUUAUUGGAUGGAUCCAGCUGGACGAUGAUUCCGAACCUUUGGUCUGCUGCGAGCCUUUUCGUAGAAGAAGGAACCUCCUGCUGAAAAGCACUUUGUGCCAACGGCUAUCCGACAGGGGAAACCCGGAUUGUGGGAAGUCUCGGGCAAAACAGGUGCCCGCAAGCUUAUGCACCGUUGAUCUUUUGCCGUGGGAAUUGAGCCGCGCAAGUCUCCUUUUCUCCGCGUUGAUGCAGCUACAGCAGAGACUCCUGAUCGCAGCGCACCUGAGGAAUUCCGUUCUUGGGCACCUUCCUUGUAUUAGCCUUGGAGUUCUUGCAGAUGCUAUUACGGCUCCUUCGGCUCAAUGGACGAGCAAUUAUCAACGUCUCGAAUAUCUCGGCGAUGGCGUCUUGAAAUUCGCUGUGUGCAUCCAACUGUUCCAUGAUCACCCUUUGUGGCACGAGGGUUACUUAUCACAGAGAAAAAGCCAGAUAGUAUCCAAUGCAUCGCUCGCCCACGCCGCUCUAAAGGCAGGCCUGGGACCGUUUCUAUUGACGGAGCCGAUGACGAGCAGAAAGUGGACUGCCCCAAGGGUUUCCGACCAACCUUGCCCGCCCGCGGGCAACCGUGUAGUAUCUGGAAAAGCCCUUGCAGAUACAUUAGAAGCACUAGUAGGGGCAGCUUAUGUUGACGGCGGGAUGCAGCUUGCUUGGGCGAUGAUCCACGUGUUCAUACCGGAAGUCGCGGACCGAAUGCCUUCUCUGGCACCUCAGCGACCCUCGCAGCGGGACUUUAAUAUGGGACCAGACUUGGAAGAGAAGGUUGACAGGUUGAUAGGCUACCAGUUUCUUGAUCGAUCCCUUGUAUGGGAAGCUCUCACGCACCCGUCGUGGCAAAGGGACCUUAGUACGGGAUCGUACCAAAAGCUUGAAUUCCUCGGUGAUGCUAUCCUCGACAUGAUCAUAACGGAUGCACUUUACAAGCAUAGGCCGCCGUUGACUGAGGACGAGAUGACGAAAGCAAAGGCGGCGGUGACCAACGCACAUUUUCUCGCAUUUCAAUGCAUGGAAUUCGGGCUACAAAACAAUCAGACCCGUAUUCGCGAAUCGCAGAGCGGAGAGUUUAUUCGGGAAACUCAAGAGGGCGUUCUAGAGCUUUGGAGAUUCAUGCGGCAUGAUAACCCGGAUGUAUCUGCGGUCCAGAAGUUGUGUCUAGAGCGAUAUCAAAAACUGCGUGAGCCGAUUUGCGCGUGCUUGGCAACAGGAAAUACGUAUCCAUGGGUUAGUUUAGCCCAGCUAGGAGCUGAAAAGUUCUAUUCCGACAUCACUGAAAGUAUUAUUGGCGCAUUGUUCAUCGAUUCGUGUGGGAGCAUCGAGCAAUGCGAGGCAUUCUUGACUCGAAUCAAAAUACUACCCUACUUGUCUCGCAUAUUGCGGGAGGAAGUCAUGGUCGAGCAGCCAAGAUCUGUUCUGGGUCGCUUGGCAAAAUCAAGCCGAGCCGAGUAUAAUAUUACACGGAAUGCCAGCAAGGCAAGUUUAUACGACGUCUCAGUCGUUCUGAAUGACGAGGUUCUACACCGCGUUGAAGGUUGCUUGUCGCAGGAAGAAUGCGUCGUGACGGGGGCUGACUUGGCAAUUGCGACACUGCGAGACCGGAUAUCCUUCGAGGUCGUGGUUGGGGACGCGGACGCGGCGGACAAGGCGGCGGGUUUCGAGACCAUGACGUCCACUGUCGUGAGGGCACUGGCCCUAGAGGUGGGAGAGGUUAUAGAGGUGGAGAACGAGGCCGGGGCAAAGAGAUAUUCCGGUGAGCGUUUCUGGACCCGUGCAGUUGUUACGGGAUGA